AUGUCACACCAUGAGAGGCAUGAGUCUCUACACCGGGUUGAUACCGGGUUUGAUGAAGUAUUUUUGGAUGACAAUUUCUUGUCUGCCAUAGGUUCGUUCAAGCCUGAUGGCGAAUGGACAGGCGCAGAGACAUCGGCAUUUGGGAUUGGAUUUCAGAUGUCUGCUACAGGAGAUUACAUACUCCCUUCAACCUCUGCCGCAGCGAACAUGGAGUUACAUCCCCCAGUUCCUGUUACAGUAAGCACUGGGUCGAAAUGUAAUACAACGCCUCCCGAGCUGACAACUUUCCUUCCAAUACCGAUUACUGGUAUCGCUUUGGCGAACGGCCCUUUGCCAAAGUCGCACUAUGUAAUUUGCGAUCCGGCCCUCUUUGCACAAGGUAUUGAGUACACUAAUGAGACCCUUAAAAUCACCUUUCCUGCGGCAGCUGCAUGCAUCCGUGAUGCCGCCAUUCUUGCUAGGCAGUGUUUGACUACUCACGGCAUACAAGAAACUUCAUUCCGUAUAGCCUGCAAGGACUUCAUCAUCGAAAUGAUGACAGUCGCAAAGCAUGCUGGCCAGCCGGUCGAGCAAGGUUUCAAGUGUCGGGAUACCAACAAGGUCAAACCCUUGGAUAUGGUAUACUACGAGCGCUAUAGAUUUGUGAAGUUUUUAAAGGAGAAUUGUUCAACUUUUGCUGAGGAUCUACGGAAGAAGGCUCUGGGUGGCUUUUGUUUGGAAGACUACCACGCCGGGACAGUCGGACCGUAUGUCACUCAGCUUACUGGUCUGACGCUUUGGAAUGAUGAGGUGACAUCGAUUAACUUUGCCUGCUCUUCGAAUGGGAAAUAUUAUUGUCGGAUACCAAUCCUAGUAAUUCUGGCACUUUGUAUUUUGCAACCGCUCAGAGUGCAACACCGCUCGCUAUUAGAUCUUUUCCCCGCCCAGUAUGAGAGACUUCCAGAGCAUUUGAUAGCCAGUGCAUGCGGGAUGUACACCAUUUUCUUCAAGCAUCGACUUCCCGGAUAUCUGCCAAGUGCCCAAAUUUCAACCGACAAUUUCGAGAAGGAAGCAGACCACCAGCUACAGCUCCUAAGGUUCAUCCGCCAGCACACGAACGAGGAGGCCCAUAGGCUAAAUACAUGGAUCAAUACCCGGUGUAGAAACAACGAUACUGAGAGGAACAAUUGA